AUGGAUUUCCAACGUACGAAAAGUACUUUCCAGCUCGCGGGUCAGGAGUUCCCUCGAGUAACAUGGUAUAAGCAAAAGGGAAUGAGAGGCUUGUACUGUUGCUUGAUGUUCGUCGUGUUGACAUCUGCAACAAAUGGAUACGAUGGCUCGAUGAUGAACGGACUUCAAUCUCUUCCCGCCUGGGAAGCUUAUUUCCAUCCCACGGCAUCCCAACUCGGACUUCUCAACUGUAUCAUGUCUGUCGGCUCACUCGUUGCCCUCCCCUUCGUACCAUAUGCUGCGGAUAUCCUAGGUAGACGCACAGGUGUAAUGAUUGGUUGCACAAUCAUGAUCAUUGGUGUACUGCUUCAAAGUCUGGGAUAUACCUUUGGCAUGUUCGUGGGUGCUCGAUUUUUGAUCGGAUUCGGAGUCGCAAUAGCCCAUGGCGCAUCACCAUUACUCAUCACUGAACUUGUCCACCCGCAACAUCGCGCUAUCUACACGACCAUUUACAACACAACGUGGUACAUCGGAAGCUUUGUUGCAGCUUGGUUGACAUUUGGAACGAAUAAUAUUGCAGGGAAUUGGUCUUGGAGAGCCCCAUCCGUCGUGCAGGCUUUCCCUUCCAUUCUUCAAAUGUCCUUUAUCUGGUUCGUACCCGAAUCACCAAGAUGGCUCAUUGCAAAGGGUAGAAAUGAACAAGCACUUAAGAUUUUAGCGGACGUCCAUGCCUCCGGGGACCAUAAUGAUGCAGUUGUGCAGCUCGAAUAUCAGGAAAUUCGCGAAACACUACAACUUGAGCAAGAAGCGGAGGGUAACCCAUGGGCUGAGCUCUGGAAGACCCCCGGAAAUAGACAUCGUCUCAUUAUCCUCGUCUCUCUCGGCUUCUUCUCCCAAUGGUCAGGAAAUGGUCUUGUCAGUUACUACAUAAAUAUUGUAUUGGAACAAAUCGGCAUCCACAGCUCGACUACCAAACUUUUGAUCAAUGGUAUCCUCCAGAUUGUCAACAUGAUCGUUGCCAUAGGAAUGUGCUUUUUCGUUGAUCGACUUGGACGACGUCUGUUAUUCUUGGUAUCCACAGGAGGAAUGCUGGGUGUCUUCAUCGUUUGGACAAUAUGUUCGGCUCAAUUUUCGAUGCAUGGAAGCAAAGCCUCUGCAAAUGCAGUGGUCGUCAUGAUUUUCCUCUACUACGUCUUCUAUAAUUGUGCGUGGUCAGGUCUUUUGGUUGGCUAUGGUGUAGAGAUCUUGCCAUACAAUAUUCGUGCAAAGGGAUUGACAAUUAUGUUCUUGGCGGUUGAUCUCUCGUUGUUCUUCAACCAAUAUGUCAACCCGAUCGCUCUGGACCAUCUUCAUUGGAAAUAUUACAUAUUCUACUGCGUUUGGUUGACCUUUGAGCUCUUCGUCGUUUGGAAGUUUUAUAUCGAGACACGCAACACUCCUUUGGAGGAAAUUGUGAAGUAUUUCGAUGGAGAGAAUGCGAUCGUCGGUGGCCAAGCUGCGACCGAGAAAGCAAGAAUUAUUGCAGCAGAUCACGAUAUUUCGAUUGGUGCUGAGACUCAUGAAGAUGGCCUGGAUGAGAAGACGGCAGCCGUUCACCAUACAGAGGAGAAGAUGGUGUAA